UGGAAGGUUGAUCUUCCUCCUUGUCGACUGUCAUGGCGGAUGAAGCUGGGUUCUGACUUCGACACCAAAAUCACCGUAUUUCUACGGUACGAAUAACCUCUAAGACCACACAGUUAUAACUGUGGACUCUACAACAAGCUGCUGGAUUGAUUCAAUCUGAAUCUAAUGACGACGCAGUCGUUAUCUGUGUACAUUUGACUAGGAAUUCCUAAAGUUUUGAAAGGACUUGGACUUGUACACGAUGUCUUACUUCAAGCAGCUCGUUAGCAAAAAGAAAAGACGAUUCAGGGAAGGUGGUUUCGACUUGGACUUGACUUAUAUCAAGCCCAAUAUAGUUGCAAUGGGAUUUCCAUCGGAGAACAUUGAAGGUGUUUAUCGUAAUCACAUGGAUCAAGUAUACAGAUUUCUUGAAGUCAGACACAAAGAUCAUUAUAAAGUGUACAACCUGUGUUCGGAGAGGCAGUAUGACCCGUCUAAAUUUCAUCAGCGAGUUGCCACCUACCCAUUUGAUGACCACAAUGCUCCACCAUUUGAGCUCAUUAAACCCUUCUGUGAUGAUGUUGACGAAUGGUUAAAAGCUGACAAGAGGAAUGUUGCAAUCAUUCAUUGUAAGGCUGGCAAGGGGAGAACAGGAGUAAUGAUUUGUGCAUACCUUCUUCACAAUGGACAUUUCAAAGACGUGAACCAUGCUCUAGCAUAUUAUGGUAAUGCCCGCACGAGAAACUCCAAAGGAGUGACCAUCCCAAGUCAAAGACGUUACGUCUACUAUUAUGACCACCUGCUGAAACACAGACUUACAUAUGAGCCGACAAUGGUGUUGUUAAAAGCAUUGGAAAUAGUAACUAUUCCCAACAUGCAGAAUGGAACAUGUUGUCCUUUUUUUAUUCUUUGGCAGUACAAAGUAAAAAUCCACCAGUCUAAAAUAAUAGAGAGCUCAAAGAAGGGAGACAAAAGUAUUCGUCUAGAACUCUCUCCACCUCUACCCAUAUGUGGGGAUAUUAAACUAGAAUUCUUUCACAAAGAAAAGUUCAAAAAGGAGAGAAUGUUUCAAUUCUGGUUCAACACAUUUUUCAUCAGUACUGCUUAUACUAAUGUUGAUACGGAGAACAAAGAUGAAGAAUGUGACCCAACCUUGUUUACAUUUAAUGACAAAAACUCCCCCGAGGAUAGGUGGUUUACACUACCCAAGGGCUGUAUAGAUAAAGCGCAUAAGGAUGAAAGAUGUAAACUAUUUCCAGUGGAUUUUAAGGUGAAGGUAUAUUUCUCUGAGGUUGGUGAACGAGAGAGGCCAGUAUAUGAGAAAACAUUGCCAGUUGCUGAAAUGAGAAAACCAAGAAGGACUAACCACAGAUUAAGACCAUCAUCUAAUAAGAAUUUUGAUGAUGCCAGCAGCGGCAGCUGCUAUCCAAUGGAAACAGAUGAAAAAUCACCAUUUAAGAAGGUUAAUAGCGAGAGCAUUGGAUAUCAGACAGAAGAGGAAGAUGAUACCAUUUCAGAUACCGACAACGAAGAGACUUGGGAACAGGAAGGAACGAUGGUUUGAAAUCUUCGGAAUGACAGGUCUGAUUUUGUUACCAUACAUGUAAUUGUCGUUAUAAGGUUCCAAAUCCAUACAAGCAAAACAAAAAAAUGCUCGUCGAUUUUCCUAUUGUUUUAUAUCCUCUACACAGAGUGAUUCUAUUUAACCCAUAAAUAGAUAUUAUUACUAAUAGAUAAUAAAUAAAUAAUAAUAAAAUUGAAAUACUGUGUAAAGGGAGUAUGUAAUUGGAAUUUACAUUUUGGAACAAAGUUUUUGGAACUUACUUAUAUUUUUGAAGUGAGAGAAGAAAUGCGAAAAAUGACUAACUAUGAGUAGGACUCAAUGGAUAAUUUUGACGAUAUGGUGGCCAUCCUUCCAGCGGGCAAAAUAAAACAAAAAUCAUUAAGAAUAUAAAGAGUUUCAUGUAUUUGUCUCUUUUAUGGGUUAAGGUGAUGGAUGUGCCACCUUAAUUUUUCUUUCGUUUUAUUUUCUUAUGGUGAGCUGUUAAUAUCAAUUGGGGUUAUUAUUAUAACAAAGCUUUAUUUCCCCCUUGGAUGCCCCAUAAUGCCUUGUGAUUCUAGAUGGCUGCCGUAUCAUUGAAGUUGUCCAUGGCAUAUGUACUCAAAACGUUCGGGCUGAUCAAACUCAGGGCACAGCAAAUCCACAUAUUGAAUUGGGAUUUAGCUUGCUGUGCUUUGGGAUUAAGAGAACCCAGAGAAAAACCUUGUAUUCCCAGGCAGGGGCGUAUCCAGGAAUUUUAGAAGGGGGGUGACUAUUACAAAGGUUUUACCAGGAAUUCGAGUUAAAGGGGGGUGACUGUUACUAACGAUGUACUGAGAAAGUUGAGCGAGAGGGGGAUGACUAGUCACCUACUUCACCACUCCUGGAUCCUGAACCCCUGCCAGGGAAGUACCCGUUAUUGCUUUCUAUCAGUUAUAUAUUUUAACUACUUAUUUCUGUUAACAAACAUUUCAAAUGCUAAUUAUUGGACGUUUACCAUUUAAUUCCAUUUUAUGGGUCAAGUAAAAUCACUCUUAGAAACAUUUUACUAAAUAGUUAAGAGCAUGAGCCAAAAAGCUUGUGAAGAAAAAUGUCUUUUAUUUUUAUUUUUUCUUAUUUUAAUUUUGUAACAAAAUAAUCUAGAAACCUGAAAUUCCUGUCAUUCUACUCUAACCGUCAACACUCGACUUUAUUUUAUUCUUUAUUUGUGUAAAUAUACUUUUAUCUUUUAAUUUCUCUUUCAUCAUUUCAUCUCCUUGAAUAGCUUUUUUAGACUUUCAAUACUAGAACUAGAACUAGAAUUGGAACUGGAAUUCUAGAAUUCUAUUGUUUUUGAUUUGUAAAGUUAUUGGUUGACAAACUCUAGUGUUUUAUGGUUAGAGUAGAACGAUAGUAAAACAUUUUGAAAUGUAUAAGUGAGUAAGAAUAGAAGUUCUGACCAAAAUGUAAAAAUCAACAUUUUAUUGAUAUACAAAUGUACGUUAAGCCUUGUUGUUAUAUUUUCCAUACAAUCUACUUUUGUCUAAUGUCAAUAUUUCUAGUCUUGGUCAUUAUCAAUAUUGUUAUUAAUCCAUAUACUUGUCAACUCUGAUCAUAAACUCUCUUUAAUGGACAGAUCCAGGCAGGGUAGGUUAGAAAUAUAUCCAUGCUUCUACCUAUACGACUCUUAUUCUUACAGAAGUGUCUAAUAUCAGAGAAUAAAGGCUAUUCUUGCUGUUGAUUGUCAAUCAAUCUAGCAUGGUUAGCUGAUCAAUCCA